AUGGAGAAUGCUGCACGCGGAGGCCCCGGUGGAGAGCUGCUCACAGGUGCUGUCGCACCUCUGCUUGAUGAUAUGAUGGGGCCGAGCCAGCGCGUCUACGAUGCCAAGGUCUUCCUGGAGCCGGUGACCAACUGGCUCCGCGAAUCGACGAUGAGUACAGAGGACCAAUACCUGAUGGGAGAGCUGGGUGGUGAGGUGAACUUUGCUUGUGAGCCAUCACAAUGUUUCUCGGUUGUCUGUGUCGCGGAGAGGAUCUCCAUCUCAAUCGCGUCCUGCCUCUAUGGCGCUAGCUGCCGCGAGAUUCCCUGGGAAAGCCUGCGCAACACGCCCUGGGAGAAUUUGAUUCGGAAUCCAUGGCCUGUUUUCGAGCUGGUUGCCAAAUGGGGGCGUGCCCACAGAGAGUCCGCAGAGAAGCAAGCAAGCGUGACCGAGCUUUGUACCGAGAAGUCUUCAUCGAGUCUUCUCAACUUCGACGGGAAGUACUUUGAUGAUCAGAUCUCACGCCUGGAGUCUUCUCCCAGCCUGCGCAGGAAGGGAUCCCAGCUGUUGGCUGCAACCUUACUGGAGGAGGCAAAUCUGGUAGAGUGGUCAUACUUGCAGGACUUCUGCGGACGACUGCUCUGGAGCACGCUGAUUAUCACCUUGGCGUUGGCACGCGACGGCGCUGCUUUAUCUGUUGGGUAUGCCUUGAGAAAUCUGUGGCUUUAUGUCAUCCACACCUCCCUCGAAACAACUUUCAUGGACCAGGAGGCUCCAGCAGGCACUGACGGCCUACAGCCAGAGCUGCCAUACAUGGAGCUGCUGGCGACCGGCCCGUGGAAUGUGCUGCAAUUUCUGCCCGUCCUCGUGGCCGAAGAGCGGGUUUCGACCAUAGGCUUCGAGGUCAUCGACUCAGCAGAAGCUUGGCGCAAGAGACCAGCGUGUUGA